AUGGCCACGGCUUCAGCCACGUUCAAGUCGCGCGAGGACCACAGGAAGCAGCAGGAGCUCGAGGAGGCGCGUAAGGCGGGGUUGGCGCCAGCAGAGUUGGACGAGGAUGGCAACGAGAUCAACCCGCAUAUCCCGCAGUACAUGUCGUCCGCGCCCUGGUACCUCAACGCCGAACGACCCAGUUUGAAGCAUCAACGGAACUGGAAGGGCGAGGGGAACUACACCAACCUGUGGUAUGAUAGAGGGGCCAAGGGCUUUCAAGCCGAGAAAUACCGCAAGGGCGCCUGCACCAACUGUGGCGCCAUGACCCACACUGCAAAACUGUGUGUGGAGCGGCCGAGGAAGGUGGGUGCCAAGUGGACGAGUCAGAGCAUUGCGCCUGAUGAGAAGAUCCAAUCGAUUGAACUCAACUACGAGGGCAAACGGGACCGCUGGAACGGGUUUGAUGCUGCCACGUACAAGCGAACCAUGGAUUCGUAUGAUAUUCGGGCCGAAGCGAGGAAGAAGUUUCAGAAGGAGCAGCAGUUAAAGAAGCUUGCUGGGAAGGGGGGUGAUGGGGAGGGAGGGGGGAAGGAGGGAGGAGGGAAGGAGGGAGAGGGAGGGGAGGGGGGAGAGGAUGAAGAGGAGGAGGAGGAGGAGGAUGAUGCGAAGGUUGAUGAGAGCAGGCAGAUGGAUUUCGGGAAGGUGGAGAAGCGUGUGAGGACGACUGGUGGUGGCAGCACAGGUUCAGUGCGGUACGUGAUGGUGUGGGAAGGUGUAGGAAGGUGCAAAGGGGUGGAGAAGCGUGUGAGGAAGAGGAUGAUGCGAAGAAACCUGCGUAUUCAUGAAGAUACAGCCAAGUACCUCCUGAAUCUGGAUGUGGAUUCGGCUUACUACGACCCCAAGACGCGGUCUAUGAGGGAGGACCCCAACCCAGAGGGCGACGCCAAGGACAAGUUCUACCUGGGAGACAACCACAACCGCAUCAGCGGGCAGGCACUGGAAAACCUCCGUAUUCGUGAGGACACGGCGAAAUACCUGUUGAAUCUGGACGUGCACUCGCUUCCUUCACCCUAUUUCCGACCCCUUUCCCUCCCGCCCCUCCGCCCCUGCCCAAACCUGCGUAUUCGCGAAGACACGGCCAAAUACCUGUUGAAUCUGGACGUGGAUUCGGCUUAUUACGACCCGAAGACCCGCUCCAUGCGCGAAGAUCCCAACCCAGAGGGCGACGCGAAAGACAAGUUUUACCUAGGAGACAACCACAACCGCAUCAGCGGGCAGGCCCUGGAGUUCCGUCAGCUCACAGUCCACGCGUGGGAAGCCAUGGAGAAGGUCAACGUGGACGUGCACUUACAGGGUGCGCCGAGCCAGGCAGAGCUGCUGCACCGGGAGUUUAAGGUCAAAAAGGAGAAGCUGAAGGGGGCGAGUAAGGAGUCGGUGCUGGCCAAGUAUGGGAACGCGGCGAGUAAUAAGGGGAGAGGGGUUGGUGGGGAGGGGGAGGAGGAGGAGGGGAUUCCGGAGGAGCUGCUGCUGGGGCAGACUGAGGUGCAAGUGGAGUAUGACCGGGCGGGACGACCCCUCAGAGGCGUGGACAAGGCCGUACCGUGCAGUCGGUACGAAGAGGACGUGUUGGUCAACAACCACACGGCUGUGUGGGGCAGCUGGUGGGGCGGGGGCGUGUGGGGGUACGCGUGCUGCCACCAGACCACGCGCAUGAGCUACUGCACGGGUGCCAGCGGCAUUGCUGCUGCUGAGGCUUCAGCCAAUCUUAUGCAAGCGAACAUGGAAAGGCGCGAGCAGAUGAAGGCAGCUAAAGAAGCUGGUGAGAGGGAGGAGGAGGAUGAGGAGGGAGCGGGCAAGGCGAAGCAGAUUGAGGAGAAGAAAGGAGUGGCGUGGGGCACAGACGCGGAUAUGGAUAUCAAGCUGGAUAAGAAGAAGCUCAGGGCGGCUCUUAAGAGGGAGGAUGAGCUGGCUCGGGAGGAGAAGGACGAGCGCAAGCGCAAGUACAAUGUCACAUACUCCGAUGAUGUGACGGAGGAGGAUAUGGAGGCAUACCGAAUGAAGCGAAUCCAUGCCGAUGACCCCAUGCUCAUGCCCCACCCCGCAUUCUCCUCCUACUUCCUGCCUAAUCCUGCUUUCCCUUCCCUGCUUGCUCCCACUUGCAGGUGA